AUGCCUGAACAGCGGCAACGCAGAGAGGAGGAGAGCCACUCCGGCUUCAAGGGUGCGCUUCAAGGCCUCGGUAUUUUCCUACUGGCACAGUUCGUUAUCGGUCAAUUCUUCAACAACAAGCAGAAUGCCUCUCCUAGCAGUCAGCCAGGCGGUAUCCCGGCUUUUGAGGAUCGUCCCGACCCCAGUCAAGUCACAGAAUACAGCGCGAUCCCGGAUCUCAUCACUCCUAUUUGGCCUUCCGAUAGCUCGAUCGAUAUCUCCGUCUAUGUCGCGCCGUCCAUCGUGGUUCCAUCGUUCAAGUCCAAGGAUAGUAUCCUGGUGAUGCAGGAGAAGAACUUUACUUUGGGCAAUUAUAGUGACACUCGCGAGAUCGACACCAUCAUCAAGGUCCCAAAGCAGGUCCAGCAGAAUGGCACACUCUUCGCCCACUUCUUCCUUGCCCGUACCGGACACCAGCUGGAUCCUGCUGCAAAAGACUACAAUACUGCCGAAGCCUACCAUUUCCUGCGUCCUUUGAAUCAGUAUCUUGCCAAGAAGAAGGCCAAGAAACUCAAGAAUCUCCUGGCUAAUCCUGAGGAAGCGGAAGGGGAGGAGGAGGAUGAUACGCCGAAUGUCUCAACUGCUUCCUAUUACCAUCCCAAUUUCACCCUCUCGAUGAUUCCAGAUUCUGGAUCGCAGCGAUUCUCUCAGAUGCACCCGGCCGUUCGUCAGUACGUGCAGCUGGAGCGCACCGGGGCCCGGGAUCUCUCUGGCAAGAACGGCUGGUACUACCCGAUUGCAUUCCUGAACACCUUCUGGCAAUUGAAGACCCAUAUGACUGAAUUGAACUCUACCGUCGAAACCGUGCCGCUCCGCAUCACACUCAACAACUUGGCCAAUUGGAAAUUUAGCAUUAUUAGUAGCAUCGAUGAGGGAUCGAAGCAAAGUGCGCGCCAGGCCGCAUAUGGCAACCCUGUCCCUGGCGGUGGUGAUGGUACUGAAUGGGAGAUGGUCAAGGAAAUUCUGCUGGAUACCAACGUCUAUCUGCUGAGCACCACUGCUGUGGUUACCGUCUUGCACAUGAUCUUCGAGACCUUGGCAUUCAAGAACGAUAUUUCUCACUGGCGCAAAAAGAAGGAUGUAGUUGGCACCUCGGUCCGAACUAUCCUGGCCAACGUCUUCAUGCAAAGCGUCAUCUUCCUCUAUCUCAUGGACAACAGUGACAACACCUCCUGGAUGAUUCUAGCCAGUCAAGGCUUCGGUAUUUUGCUCGAAGCUUGGAAGAUCACCAAGACUGUUGAUGUUCGCCUGCGUCCGCCGCCUGCCAACUCCUUCUACUCGUUCCUACCCUAUGUCAUUGUCUUCGAAGACAAGCACAAGCUCAGCGAGACUGAGAAGCAGACCAAGGAAUAUGAUGAGAUUGCAUUUCGCUAUCUGUACAUCGUUGCUGUGCCUUUGCUCCUCGCCUAUGCCGGAUACAGCCUUAUGUACAACACUCAUAAAUCAUGGUACUCUUACAUCAUUCAGACUCUGGUGGGCAGUGUUUACGCCUAUGGCUUCCUUAUGAUGGUCCCCAGUCUGUAUAUCAACUACCGCCUGAAGUCCGUUGCCCACAUGCCCGGCAAGGCGAUGGCGUACAAAUUUCUGAACACCUUCAUUGAUGACCUCUUUGCAUUCACCGUUAAGAUGCCGUGGCUGCAUCGCCUGGCCACCCUGCGUGAUGAUGUUAUCUUCUUCAUCUGGCUCUACCAGAGCUACAAGUACAAGGUUGACUUUAAGCGUGUCAACGAAUUCGGCCAGGGAGGUGACAGCGAUGAGGAAGGUGAGGAGGUUCCUGCCGUGGCUGAUUCGGAGAAGAAGAAGAAGGAGGAGGAGGAGGAAACAGUGGCUUCUCAGACAUCCGCCAAUGUCAGCUCGAAGUCCACUCGAACCAAUCAACCCAGCGGCCUGCUGGACGCAAUUGAGCACCUGGAAGCCGUUGCAUUUAUUCCCGUGAAGCAAAGGUACACAGACGCUGGGCAGCUUGUUAAGACAAUUGCGUCAGACGCGUACGAGAACGGCAUUCCGCAAGUCGUCUUAGGCCGCUUGCUCAAGAUUCUGACCGUAAAGAAUCAUCUUGACCAAGGUUCUGUGACAACCCUAGUCAAAAAUCUGUACCCGCAAGAAAGAAUCGCGUCUAAAUAUGUCACCCAAGUUGUGUGCUGUUUGGGUCCCAGCAAGUCCAAACCGAGCCCGGCGACGCAGGCUUUGCUUGUGCGCUGGCUGAUCCUUGCUUACCACUUACUUGAGGACGGAAGCCAUAUUGGUAAAUUAUAUGCGGUGCUUUUUAAUCAUCUAGAUAUGAUCAGCCUACGCAAGCAGCUAUGCCACCUGCUUUCUCUGACGACGCGCAGAAAACAUGUGAAACCUUUUCGCAUCCAGGCACUGAUGGAGAUAAUUCAAAACGCAGGUGGGGAGGAAAAGGAAGCCAUGAGCCUGCUCAAGAUCUUCAAGAACUACUACCCGGAGAUCGUCCUUGGCGAUGUUGGAAGUUCAAGGAGAAUGGCUCUUUUUUUCAAGCACCCUGAUCCUGAAUGGUCAAGUCAUGCGAACCUACUGCAAAGCCAGAACAUGGAAAGAGCGCACAUGGCCCACAAGUCAAAUUUUCAAGUUAUUUCCCGAGGUGGCGUCAAGCGAAGCAGAGUGGAGGUGGUUAUCCCGGUUCUACAGACUUCUCGCGUCUCGGAUAAGCAUACGUCCCUGGAAGAGAUCCGUGACAUGGAGCACUUCGUGGAUAAACUUGACAAAAUUGAGCUUCCGAAUCAGAUUAUUUCGACUCUUGGCAAUGCGACCGCACAGAAGUAUCUCCACCUCGUUCAAUCGGAAUCAGCGAAUCACCGUUUGGAUGAGUGGCUCAGAGGCUUUUUGGAAGAUAGGUUGGAACAAAUCCGUGAAGACAACGACGAGGAACCAGACACGCUGUCUUAUGUUUUAAGUUUCAUUGAGCAAUACGCCUCGUUCACCAAGGAUCUUCUGCCCUCGGUUCGUGCCUUCCUGGAGUCAUACCUAAAGGUUUGGAACGGUUCCAACAAUCGGCAUCAGAUUCUACGUCUUCUUCAAUACCUCCCCAUCGAGCCAUAUGGGUCUCUCCGCGAGACAUUUUUUUCUUUUCUAGAAUCUACAAUCUUGGAUGGCACAGUGGAAUCUCGAACGGCUUUGCUUGAAUUUUAUUCUACAUUGAUCAGCGAAUGGAGCAUCAAACUCAGAGCCAAAACACCAACUUCCGAGCUGGGGGAAUGCGUUCCCUUGACUGAAAUCAUCCAGCAUGCGGAGCUUCUCGCAUCCACGCUUCAAGUGUUCAUACCACCACAGGAUGAUAGUGACAAGAAAUCCAAGCCAAUCGUCUUAUCUAUCCUUCGAUUCUACAAGUAUCUAUCAGGGGUUUUGUCCCAUGCAUCUCAGAACGCCGCCAUUCGUUUGACAGUCCCCCUCGCCCCGACAGUGUAUACAAUCGCAUUCACACCAAGUGUCUCGGCAAUAUCAGCCUUGAAUUCGAUACUGGCGGAUUAUAAAUCAUCAUUCGAGGCUUCACUCACGUCUGAGAUUGUGAAGCCUCCGAAUCCUUCAGAGCCUCUAUAUCCUACAGCUCUCGUGAGCCAAUUCAACGGCUAUGUUAUGGACAUGUGCAAUCUUGUAUGGCGCAAUCGUGCACUGAACACGGAAGACCCAAAUGCACAGGGUUGUGUCAUACCAUCAUCGAGCAUCAUCGCAUUUACAAAUUAUGUUCGCGAUGUGAAUGAGGCCGCUCGGCACUAUGACCGCGAGAGCGCAUUCCAUGUCAUCUUGCCUUCUGCCUUUUCCUUAAGCCAUAAUGUCGCAUUCGCCAAUCUUUCUGCAGCUUGCUUUGCGGAGCUUGAAGAGAAUCAAAAUAUUCCGGAUCAUCGCCCGAGGCUUAGGAAGCCAGUGACUCAGAAAGCUUUGCAGGCUUUAGAGAAAGAUGGAGGUGCCAAAACCACUUGGCAGGAGUAUCGAGUACAUAUGCUAGAUUGGCUGGAUACGGUCGGUAGCCGUGGCACAGGUGAUCUGAUGAGAAGUACUAUGAAAGCGUUACGCAAAGAAUAA